GUUUUCGCAGCUCUUGUCUCCAUUUUGUGAGAGCUGGUGAGAACGAGCCGACCGGGCGUCCCAGCGAGCAGAACCCACUAAAACAAGCAGAACAGGAGAGAACAGAGACAGUCAGCAGCCGAACCGCCCUAGAACCAAGUUAUUAUCCGAAAGGAAAGCAAAUCUUAUCGUAUGUCCGCUAUCCAGAACCUCCAAACUUUUGACCCCUUUGCUGAUGCAACUAAGGGUGAUGACCGCCUCCCAGCCGGGACUGAGGACUACAUCCACAUAAGAAUCCAGCAGAGGAACGGCAGGAAGACCCUCACCACUGUCCAGGGCAUCUCGGCCGACUAUGACAAGAAGAAGCUAGUCAAGGCCUUCAAGAAGAAGUUCGCCUGCAAUGGGACAGUGAUUGAGCAUCCGGAGUAUGGUGAAGUGAUCCAACUUCAGGGAGAUCAGCGCAAGAAUAUCUGCCAGUUCCUGAUUGAGGUAAUUGAUCUGGCCAAGGAGGAGCAGCUCAAAGUCCACGGCUUCUAGACGCGGCCGGCGCCCCCCCACCCCCCCUCUCUCCUGGACGGCCAUCGCGACCCCUGCAACCCUGACCCCCUCCUCUAUGUGCUGCUGUUGCCCUUCCUCCCUCUCCUGCGACCCCACCAACUCUUAGCCAGCGUGCGAAUUACCUCUGAAGAACAUGGGACUCUGUACCUCCACUACCGCCCUACGACACCAGGGGGCAGCCUUGCUCUCACAAAGACACACGGCUGCAGCACCACACAUCAGGGAUGAGUGGUGACGACCCUCCCUCACACACUUCCUCCUUCCAUGUCCCUCUGGUUUUUCUUUUAGGUGCCACAAGGAGGCGCUGCUUCAUGUAACGUUUUUGUUUUGUACUUUAAGGUGUUUCAAUAAAACGAUGAGUCUCCAUUUGCUGGGUGGAGUGUUGUCCUGGGGGGGUCGGGUCAGAGCCGUCUGAUUGACCGAAAGGUUUUAGUUUGCAGCAAAUGGUUUGGCUGUAGCGAUCCAAGCCGGUUCACUGUGAUGGAGCGGUUCUGGUGCUGACCCGCUUUCCGGUUCGAUCUUGACUAAAUGUGCUUCUGGAUGAGCUUCUUGUCCUCAAAUGCAAUAAUUUAUGCAGAAGUAUUAAAGCCAUGCUGACUGAGAUGGAAGGUUUCAAUAAAGCUUUUACAGCCGA